AUGGCUAACAAUAUGGCGCAUCGCGAAGCAAAUACGCCGAAGGAAAACAAGCCAACGGCACCCGGUGAAAUACGGGUCACCAGCCACGGACUCGUCUACGGCUAUGUCAACUAUGCCAAGAAACUCCUCGAUGGCGGAGAACCCGUUGUCACACUCCGAGGCACUGGUAGAGCUAUGACUAAUGUAGUAGAAACCGCUGAGAUACUGAGGCGUGCGUACAGAGGAAUGCAUCAACUCACGACCCUGGACACACAGGACAAUAUGGCUGAGAGUCGUGAAGAGGAAGGCAAGGAAUCACGCCGCCCCGUCUGCUUCUUGUCGAUCAGUUUGACCAUGGAUCCCCAGAAGAUAGACACCUCAGCUCCGGGAUACCAAAAGCCUCUUACCGAUGAACAACUGAAGGAAGUCGAUGUAGAAAAACUUAUCCAAGCCCUUAAGACUACCGGUAUCAGGAGGAAAACGGCCUGGCCCAGGAAACACGGAAACCAGGCAUCGAAUGCGGACAACGGGAACAAAAAGUAA